AUGCGGCCUACCAGCCUUGUUUUCGCUGCUGCGAUCCCGGCCAUCUGCGCGGUACAACCACGCAGUGCUCCCCAGGUUCCAGUCUUACUGAGCCACGAUGCCGGCACUGCUGGCCCAUAUGCCCAAGGGCCCGCAAAUAUCACGCAAACUACAGCAGCGACAAGCUCUCCUGCAGAGUCAAUGGACUCCUCGAAAUCCCCGUCAGCCGCCGCAGCUUCGAGCGAUAUACCGCCGCCAACUCUAGACAAGUCGAUAUUCAGCUUGAUUGUGUUUGGUGUCGCCGGACUCUGUCUUCUAUGA